AUGAAAGAAAUGCCGUUUGAAGACUUAACAUUGGAAUCGAUUUUUAAAAAUUAUUUGGACGCGAACAUGUUGCAGAGCGAGGACGAGGAGGAUAUUGUCCUAGCUGCACUUGCAGUUCUAGAAGCCGACGAUCGAGAAGCGAGAGGGUCAACUUGGACGAACGAUGAACGUGUCUUGGCUAGCGUGCCAGUCCUUGGGUCCGUGAGUGCUUUGGCCGCAGCUGGAGGUGCUAAAAUCGCUGCGACGGGCCACAGCAUCGCAGGAGAUGUAGCCAAAGAAAUGGGCGAUGCGGCUCGAGAUAUGGAAUAUGCGGCUAGAGACGUGGGAGAAUCAGUUCGAGCUUUGACUGAACAGAUGCGUUCGAAAUUCAAGUUCAUAUGA